AUGAUGCCUGGCAGCACCACCACCACCAUCACCCCGCGACUUAUGUACCUCCCGGCUCACACCAUCAUUUUACACAUCCAUCAUCCUCAUUUACAGCUCCCCCAGGUCUUGUACCGCCUUCAGGGCCUUCUCAAAUGCAUGAUCACCCGAUUCCUCAAUUUGACCUUGGGUAUGGAGGCUACUUUAAUAGCCGCAGCCACCAUCAUCAGCAUACUCACAGGCGGAUUCCUCCAGCGAAAGACCGCCGACGGCAUUGGAGAGGCACAUGUGGCCGAAUCUACCGGUAACUACAAAUCAAUCACCAACUACAAAUCAGACGACGAGUACGGUUUCAAUGCCGCCCAUGCCGCAAAGCACAGCCUAGGAGAUUCGCCUAGUGAUGACGAUUCUGAAUCUACUGACACGGCCAUGAUCACAUCCGAUGUUCUCGAUGAUAUAUCCGCAGUCGCUGGGCCGCGGGCCAGAAUCAGAGCUGCUCAGAUGAUGAGAAGAGCGGGAGUACCACAAUGCGGGCGAAAGGUAGCGUCCAAGAAAGCGAUUGCAUCACUAAUAAGUGUGGUGCCAGAAGAUCUUCCGGAAGAAGAAAGAUCUUGCAUUAUUUGUUAUAAUGAUUACGGAGUGGAGACUCCAGAAGGGAUUAUUGAAUCGCCUCUGCGCUUGCCUAAAUGUCAGCAUGUAUUUGGCGAUCAUUGUAUUAAGAAAUGGCUUGCCGAAUCAGACAGCUGCCCGUAUUGCAGAGACAAGUUGCCUUCCGAACCUCCGACCCUGCACCAUCGCCAAGAAGCUGUUUUCCAUUUGAUGCGCCAGCAUGCGUCGCGCCAUGGAGAGUCGACAGAUGCUGGAGGUAUACGAACUCUCGGCGCACACGCAUAUCAACACCAGGAUCGCCGUUCGCCUCCCAUUGAUAAUGGAGAACCCCGUCGAAGACCUCGUUGGCGCAAUCGCCCAAGUGCAUCAAGUGGUCGAUCAAAUGCACCACUAAACCCCGUGACAGGUUGGGCCCUUCAUUAUGACACGGAUCCGACCAGAUUCGGCCCAUCCAGUCAUGGCCAGAGACAUCCAAUGGGCCCUCUAGGUUCGCCAAUGACGCCCCGUCUACCAGAGGGACGAAACAAUCAAGAGAACAACAAUCCACGCUUUCCGGGGGUGCAUUCGUUCCAGUCGAAUGAGCCUGGAGCCAGGUUACCUUUUCCUAAUCCAUUGGGAGCGACUGAGAUGGAGACAGCAAUGGGCCCGAGUUGGGCAUCUCCGCGAUCCGGAUUUCUCCCGUACGCUGUUCGGAAUGGCCCAGACAAUACUGUUCACCAGAACGGAGACAACUUGCCUCGAUAA